UGGCAGCAAGAGUAGAACAAACUAUGGUAACACAUCAGUCGUGUAUUGCCGAUCAAAGAUCACUGAUGUCAGAUCUCUGAUACGUCCAAAAUGGGUUGUAAUUGGUCGAAAUCGGAGGCAUAUAAUUCCUCCACACCGAAUGCUCUCCAAGCCGGAAUUCCACAGCUUCGUGAUCGGAACAAGGAUCGAAUAAAAGAGCAGCACUCGAUCCAGAAAAUAAAAAACAAACAUAAUCGAAAAACGCGCCAUGAAAAGCCUCUGGAGUUGCAAAGUUAUGGGAAAAAUCUGGCGCCCCAGCUGCGUCUAAUGGGUGGCAGCAAUGGUAGUAGUGCCACCGAAUGUGUCAGUGCUCUGUAUGCCCGGACAUUGGAACAGCAACGCGAGGAAUUCCAGCGUACAGUCGAGGAGAAGACUCUCCAGCAAUUGGAUGGCCGACUGCACAUGUUUCUGCUCAACCAGCUCCUACUGGGCCUUCAGUUCUUUGCCCAUUUCGAACCAGAACUGGCCCAGGUGGAUGCGAACGCAAAGAAGUACAACUCCAGUGAUCAUAGCCUGAUCCAGAGCAGUGCCAUUGACUUGGCUGUGGCCCGAAAUGUGCUCUACAAGUCUGGGACCUCAAAGUCAUCUCUCCAGCCACUUCAAAAACCCCUCACCUAUGUGAUCUUUGAGAAUGUGGACGUUUCUGGACCUCAAGAUGCCAACUAUGACUCCAUUUCCGCCUUGUGCAAGGUGAUCCUCGAAACGGACUACUACCGGACAAUGCCGUGCUUCUCCAAGUAUUCUUCGCUCAUGGAGCAGACCUGGUGGAAGGGCUAUGUGCGACUGAAGCUACGAGAUCAGGCCGGAUAUCCUCGCGUGGAGUCACCAACUGACAGCCUCGACGAGGGUGAGAUCUAUUCGAAGGGUGGCUCAUCCACCUACUCCCUGACCUCGGCCAGUUCUGGUUAUUCAUCCGAUGUCUACGAUCAUGUAUACUUGGACAAAUUGAGCAAACUUCGUCCAUUUGAUGACCUGAAGCUGACGGGGAUUGAUCCUGUGACGAGUAAUCAGUUGCCACCGGCAUGUGUGCGUCGGUUAGCCGAUUAUGUGCCAUCUUGGCCGGAGCAGAGCGAUAACGAAGAUGUGUCUAGUGAUCAGGAGGACGAGCAGGAAGAGGAUCAGUCAGCGGAGCAGCUGGAUGAGGACGCCGAGGAUUCUCCUGCUGGCUAUGAGAAAGUACAAAUUCACCGACAAUGUCAUGCGGAGCAACUGCAACAGUGCUACCUUGGUUCACCACAUUUCAUGCUCUAUUUCGGAGAACUUCUACGCCAGAAAAUGGGACCAGAACUGGGCAUCACCGACUCUCAACUGAGGACUGGAAAGUAUCGCGGAUGCAGUGUCUAUACCAGUCGAGAGGAGCUUGUGCCCGCCAUCCAUGUGCCCUUUGUGCCGGAAUGUGCCUUUGCUUUCGGCCUGCGAGACCGAUCUCAGGUCACAAAUAUCCACACGGGCGAGCAAUUCCAGUGGCCCACCAAGCAGAUGCGAGAUAAGAUUCGCUCCAUGGGCUUCCACUUGGUUCCGGUGGGCUAUUCGCCCAAGCACACAUUGAAUCCCUUCAGGGAUCUCGAGUGGAAGAUUCGAUUUCCCCAGGCGGAACUGUACCUGGAACGGCACUGUCUCACGCCCAUGCAACUGAAGGUGUUCCAGCUUAUGAAGCUACUGAUGAAGACCUUUGUGGAGGGGUCGUGCGACCAAUCCCCCGGCGAUCUGCUGGAGCAGUUACGGGCGCACCUGUUCUGGCAGUGCGAGCUCUAUAGCAACGACUGGCCGGGGGAGUUUCUGGGCGAGAGUCUGGUGCGGUUCAUUCGCACCUUUGCCGACUGUCUGGCCCGCAAACACUUGAGGGACUACUUCAUCGAGGAGAGGAAUCUCUUCGAGCACAUCCCAGAGUAUACGCUGAUGGAGCUGAAAAGGAUAAUGUCUGGAAUAGCAGAGCAGCCAUUACUCCACGUUGUGCACGCUCUGAGGAAUCUCCAACAUUCGCCGGACUUCUAUCCCCCCUUGGACUACAAACGAUUGCUGGAGAAUCUGUGUAGCAACGACUACCUGGACCUGCAAGGUUGGGGUAAGUUCACGAGUUCUCGUCUCCUCGCUGAACUGGAAAAUAGCCAGGAGCUGGAGCAGGAGGCGCCGUCCAGCACGCCGAGACAAGUUACCGAUGCGAAGGGUUUUCUCGGCCUGCCGGAGCACCAGGAGCGACCCAAAACUAAGCAACGGCGAAGAAUCCAACAAAGGCAGCCAAGACCGAAACAAAAUAAGCCACAAGAUCUAGAUGACCUCGACGAUCUUCUGAAGUUGGCGGGCGAUUAUUCCGAUUAUUCCUACAGCUCCGCCUCGAUAUCUUCCGUUGCCUCUUCCGGCUACCAGGAGUCCUUGGGCAAGCCCCAAUUGAACGACGGCCUGGAGAUCCUGCGACGCACCAAUAUUCUCGAGCUCCUACUGGACCACGCCCUGGCCAUGCUGGCGAAAGCCGUGCACUUUGGCAAUCGUGAUCAUGCCCAGUUGUAUCUGGAGCAGGGUCAGCUACUCUGUCGGUUGUACCAGAAUCUCGGCUGCUCCCAAAAGUCCCAGCACUUUGUCCAAGAACUCCAGCAAGGAGCUGCCAAAAUUGAGGCCAUGAGCGAGACGCCGGUCCUGCCCCGAGGAGUUCCCGUGGAGAAAAGAGUCACCUUCGAAGACACAGUUCAGAUUCACUCGCCCAACUCACCGGCGAAGAUCCAUCGUUCGCCAAAUCCGAAUCGCGAAAGUAUUCGCCAAAACCCCGAAGAAGAUUUGGACAAAAUAGACGUAAUCGUUGAGGACCAUGAUCCCAUAGAGACUGAUGUGAAUGAGGAGAAUCAGGAGAGACCCAAGAUCGAGGAGACUCAGGAAACUGUCCUCAACGAUAGCUCAAAGAAUCCCCUAAACGCUUUCCUGAAUCGAUUCGAUGGUGAUUCCAAUUUACGGAAUAAAUUUAAAAAAAUUGUUCUACCCAAGACGGAGAAGUUGAAGGACUUCCUAAACUAGGUUGUUCCGCAGGCGGAAGGAGUUCCAUAUAACCAUAUAAUAAUAUUCCAUAUAAUAAAUAAUCAAGAAAAGUCGGUUGCGAUAAGAUACAACUGACAAGAAUUGCGUCAGUAGAGUAAUUAAGGAAUUAACCUAUAAAUUGUAGGCCAUUCCACGAAAAAGAUCUAUAAAUAAGCCUAUCUAUAUAUAUAAGUACAUUGCUAUCAGAUUACAUCAAUCAACACAUAUAUGUUCAUAUAACGUUAUCGACAGAGGUACUAGGGAUAGUUGGGAUAGUAUAUUCGGCAAUAUAUCAUAGGGAAAUGUCUGG